AUGGACGACCCCAUCGUUGCGCAGCAGCUGAACGAGCUCACAUAUGAACGACAGGACAUAUACGAUCUCUUCAUGAACCUCAAGACGCUCGAGCAGAACUGCCCUCUCGCGCAGCCUAGCAUUGAGGGCUCGAACACAGCAAGUCUCUACCCUCUGGGUCAGCUUGACGUCCUGCCUCUGGAGAUCAUACAGAAUAUUCUACAGUUGCUCGAUCUACAAACCUUAGCCCUUAGCCAAUCUGUGAAUCAACGCUCAAAGCUUCUCGUCGACAGCCUUCCCCAGCAUAGAGAAAUCGUCACCCACGCCCCCAACGCCUUGCGAGCGAUGCUCAGCACCGGGUUGGCGCCCCAUUUUACCAUUAAUCAUCUAUACAGAGCAUUGCGUGCCCCAGAAUGUAUCGAGUGCGGCUUAUUCGGUGCCUACCUAUACCUCCUGGAGUGCCGCCGGUAUUGCUGGCUAUGUCUCGCCGAAGCCUCCGAUGCCCUCCCCGUUUCUACGGAAUUUGCGAUACACUCUUUCGGCCUCCCCCGCAGCGCUAUACGGCAGCUCCCAUGCAUGAAAAGGCUCCCAGGACGAUACAACCUAGAUGGCUUUCAUGGAUAUACACACAAACGGCGGGUCGCUCUGGUCAAUCCAAAGGCAGCGAAAGAGGCAGGAAUGAAAUUACACGGAACCCAGGAGGCAAUGGAAGCCUACGCAAACCCGUAUGCAGUACGAAGGUUCCCAAGAGCUAUGGACCGCGACCGUAAGGAGGGCAAUCGAAAUGCCACUUGGCUGCAAGGGGUGAGGCAUAUGCUGAACCCAAGUCGCGUUCGUGGUCCUCCCUGGUCUCAUCAUGGCCAUUAUGAGCCUCAGCGAUUCAUGGCUACCAUCCCUUUCCCUACCUUGGACCUAUCGGAUGGGGCCAUUGAGUGGGGACUCUCGUGUAAAGGGUGCCGUGACGGACCGCCGAACGAUGACGUAUCGAGAGAUUGGGAGGCAAUGUAUACUAAGCGUGGAUACCUUGCCCACUUUGACCAGUGCGAAUGGUCCAAACACUUGUCGGCGUCUUUGAAGACGGAUAGCUCAACAAUGUCAGAAAGGCGCUGA